UCAAGAUUCCUCUCGUGAUUCUCUCUUACAUUCACUGAAACAGCCCCCUAAAAAUACAUCGCUGAACAGUGGUCGAGUGUUCUAAUGGUUUAACGAAAAAUGUUUAGGACUUUUUUCGAAAAUAGUGUGUGUUUUUAGUUUUUGGAAGAGAAGAAAACUAAUUAUUCCUUUGGAUUCUGUACUCGCUGUUUUGUUGGGGUAUGAUGUGGAGAAGGAAGCGGGAGCGCUCGGGGGGCAGCUAGCGGCGUGGGAGCCCCCCGGCCCCAGCAUGACGCGCGCUAGAGAAUGAAGAAGCAAAACGUUCGCACCUUAUCUCUAAUCGUUUGCACCUUCACGUACCUUCUCAUCGGCGCGGCCGUCUUUGAUGCUCUCGAAUCCAAAACAGAAAACCAAAGAAAAAUUGUAUUACAAGAUAUACAAAAUAUUAUAAGAAGGAAAUAUAAUAUAAGUAACGAGGACUAUAGAAUAAUGGAAACCAUAGUCCUGAAAUCGGAGCCGCACAGGGCCGGACAGCAAUGGAAGUUUACGGGCGCGUUUUAUUACGCCACUACGGUCCUGACCACGAUCGGUUACGGCCACUCCACCCCAAGCACCAUAUCCGGUAAACUCUUCACGAUGUUUUACGCGAUCAUUGGCAUUCCCCUGGGGUUGGUGAUGUUCCAAAGUAUCGGUGAAAGGGUCAAUAAGCUAAGCAGUGUUAUUAUACGAUCCGUAAAGUCUUCCCUUCAUUGUCGACAAACUACUGCGUCAGAAUUAGACUUGAUCUGCGUAGUUACUUUUUUAAGUUCGUUAACCAUAGCCGGAGGUGCUGCUGCCUUUUCCAGAUACGAAGGGUGGAGUUACUUCGAUUCAGUUUACUAUUGCUUCAUCACACUCACAACUAUUGGAUUUGGUGAUAUGGUAGCACUUCAAAAAGAUAACGCGCUCAGUCAAAAGCCCGAGUAUGUUAUGUUUGCACUAAUUUUCAUCCUAUUCGGAUUAGCAAUAGUAGCAGCUUCGUUGAAUUUACUGGUUCUUCGAUUUGUUACUAUGAAUACGGAGGAUGAGAGACGAGACGAAGCACAAGCGAUGCAGGCAUUAGCGGGAGCAGUUAGGUUAGAAGGAGACGUAAUAACAGCUAACGGUUCCAUAUUAAGUGGUCAAUUAGGACAUCAUUGUACAGAAACCACGUCCUUAGAUAUUGAUGAUACCUCUGUGUGUUCUUGUCCAUGUGGAUGUAUACCAACUAAUACGAGACAUAGGUUUACAGUCCGGAGAUCACCGACACAAAUCAGACAUCUUCUUCCCGUUCUGCCGAUGCAUGAGCUCCACCUUCCCCAGGGGUCAAUUUUGCCCCCACCAGCAAUAUUUCCAAAUCACAGGGCUUCGAUUUGAUCGCCUAAACGGGCUAUCAGCCUAUGCUAAUCAAUGUGAUAAAAUAACUGAAUUAAAAUCGAUUAAAUUGAUCUAGCUAGUGAUUGGUACUAACCAUGCAAUAGUGGUUGGUAUAUCAUCGACAAGCGAAGCCGUUGACCCGAAUUUAGGAAAUAAAUCAGAAGCCUCUAAAUUUAUAUCCUACAGAAACACGCCUUAAUAUUUAUGGUGCGAAUGCCAGUACGGGUCUAUUUAGUACUCUUUCAAUCCUUGGCAUCUAUACAAUAAUUGCAAAACAUAUUUCGACAAAAGCUUUGCCAAAUUUGACAAUUAUUUGCUGUUCAACGUUAACUCUGAAAAUAUAUUUAAGAAAGCUUUGGAAGACACCUCGGAUGGUAUAAUAAUAAGCGGGCUAUGUGUAAAUAACCUGCGAUACACUGAUGACACGGUAAUUUUGGCAGAUAAUGCUGAAGCACUGCAACCCUAAUGGACCGAGUAACAACAACCUGUAGAUAAGUUGGAAUGAAAUUGAAUACAAAGAAGACAAAGCGAUGAUCAUCAUCAAGCACCAAAACAGAAGGGUGAAGGUCAAUGUCGACGAAACAGAUCUGGAAAGAAUAACAAGAAUAACGUACCUUGGAAGUAAACUUGAUGAAACUUGGAACUACUCGCUAGAGAUAACAACACGUCUGGAAAGGCACGUACCUACAGUGUUUUACAAAAUGCAAAAAGUUCUAUGUAACGGGCAGCUGGAUAUCUCAUUGAGAACUAGAUUACUUAAAUGCUAUGUGUUCUCCACCUUGCUCUAUAAUGUCGAAGCCUGGACAAUGACAGAAGCAACACAAAAGAAUCCAAGCAUUCGAACUCUGGUGCUACCGUAAAAUGCUCAGAAUAUCCUACAUGAGCCAUACGACAAAUGCGGAAGUUUUGCGGAGGAUGAACAAGGAAAGUGAGCUUAUGCUUAUAAUAAGAGAACGGAAAAUACAAUAUUUUGGACAUAUCCUAAGAAAUCAAAAUCAUGAACUACUCCAACUUAUAAUCGAAGGCGAAAUCAAUAGCAAAAGGGGACCAGGAAGAAGACGCAUCUCUUGGCUUAAAAACUUACGACAAUGGACGAAUAUGACCUCCAUAGAACUAUUCAGGGCGGCUGCAAAUAUAAUUAAAUGGGCAAAUUAAAUAUCCGUACUUAAGAAUAAGGUACCGUAAGAAGAAGAUCAAUAGGUUCUUACAUGUUUCGACAUAAUCCUGCCCCGUCAGAGAUCUGGGUAGAUACAAAUUCAUAAGCAUACAGGUCAACGAUUUUACCUAAUUGAAGUGGGAAAUUUCAAUAGAUAUUCGUUGACCAGUCUACUUAUGAAAUAUGUAGGAAAGAGUUUAAUGAAUUGUGAUUUUGACCAUCAAGGCGGUGGCAAAGCUUUUGGUGAAUUCCUUCAUUCUCAUAUAUAUUUAUAUUAAGUAAUGUGAUUGUCCCGUUUAUAAAAUAUGAUAAAUCCCGACUUUUACUGACAAAUUCAAUUACGGUACUAUCUGACACAAAAUAUAAUGUUUUGCGUUAAUUUCCACGCAUUCAUAACCCAAAAAAAUAUUGACAAUCGCUGAUUUCACGUCAAAACCAAGGAAUGAAAGAACUGAAUAUUGCACCUUGUAUAAUCAUUAACAUUACGAGAAAAUUUAUUUAUGUUAUCUGUAAAAAUGUACAUAUAUUCAAAACCAGAUAGAGCUAUUUUACUAGAUAUCGUUAUAAAUACAUUUUGAUUUUAAUAAAAACAAGUUGACUUCAACGUGAAUACAAUUUUAAGCUUCUUCUAUAAUAUAGAUACCAGUAAAAGCUUCUCUAUUUUAUUCUAUUCUAUUUCUAUCUUCAUCUGAUGUACUGCUGCUAUAAAUAUUUGCUUGGUAUGGUAAUACAACAAUUAAACCAGUCUCACAAAUUACAGAGCCAUUAUAUAUUUUUUUGUGACAUACUGUAUUUUCCUUAGAAUUUUACCAAUUAUAUGGUACACGUGCCUAUAUCUUGGUCUUAUCUUUACACGGGAAGUAUAUAUGUUUUAUUUCUAUUGUUAAUUUUUGCCAUCAUUGUCUCAUGUGCUUCCUCACUGCUGAAUUUUGGAGACCAGUAUCAUUUGUAUCUGUAUGACAGCGUUUAAAGAAUUAUACCAUCUUUUAUCUGUUCAUUCCGAUGGAGUAGGGUUCAAUAAUACUUAUCAAAGUAUUACUUUAUUUGAACAGUAGUUUUUCAUACCAGAAAGUAGUCAUUGUUUUUGAAAACUCCACAUAUAGCAAUUCUCACAGCAUUGUAACUUGUAAACUCGUUAUCCGUUUAUUGAAUAUUGCUUCUAAGUCGUAUAGAUUUAGUUCCAUUAUCACUGAGACGUCAAACCUUCCAUCAGACUUAUUCAGUUUUGGGUGUAAUGGGCCCUCAAAUAGGUCAGUUUUCUAGUGCAUAUGGUAGCAUUGGCACCAAUAGAGCAAUAGACAUUGGAGCUAUUGAAACAUCAUUGGGCAUGCACAGAUACAACAGGGAUUUGAACAAUCCAAAGCCAACUUCUGUUUUAGAUCUUAUUGGUGAUACAAAAAUGGAGGUCAAGGGAAAGGAGAGAUUCAAAAGAGAGAAAUGACAACCAACAACAAAACAUACAGCCCAUUGGUCGAUCUCAACAAAAUAAUGACCAAUACAGUUACCAACAUCAUGCUGGAUAUUCAAACCAACAUAAUGAAGGAUACCAACAGCAUCCCAAGGUAAUUGGUUGAAUAAUAGAGGUUAAAUGAGGAUGAGAGGUCGAGUACGGGGCCUAGGCUACAUAAACAACAUUGAUGCUGGUAAAAAUAAAUCCAGAAACACCUUUAAAUUUGACAAUGAUUAUGAUUUCAUUUGCGCAGCUUAUUGCUUAUUAAAAAGGCAAUACACAUACAGCAUCAUACUCGAAAUAUUAAAAUAAAUUUAUAGCAAAUAAGUCAACGAAUACAACAAAAACGAAACACAUGUAUAUGAAUGCUAAUGUAUACUGUUUGUAAAUUGCAGACUGCUACAAUAUCAAGACGUUUAAUAAAUAAACAUAUCUAUAAGUAAAAUGGAAUAUUAUUUAUUAGAAUUUGGAAAAGCGUGGCAGUCAUACUUUUCACUUUUUACUAGCUGUUCUUUAUUUCCAGUAUCUAGCAAACACUCUUAACACUCAACAUUCAAAAAACGAUUGUUAAAGGUCCUUCCUACUUUCAAAAUAUUUAUUGAAUUUUAAAUAUAUAUUUUCUUCUUUUUAUACUACUUUGGUUGUGUAUUUCUAACUACAUCAUAUUUUACGUCUCUACGAGAAAAAAAACUAAUGGUGUGAUAGUAAGCCAGACUUACGAUUAAAUACUGCUUUAGUAAAUAUGUGGCGUUUUUCUGUAGUGACACAAAAAGUGCAAAUAUUUAUAAGGUCAUUAUUUAUAAAAAAAAUACAAAGCCAAAUAGGAAAUCAAAAUAAAAAAUAACUUUAAAUAAAUGGCUAACACUUAAUUGUUUUAAAGGCUGUUUUAAUUGACAUAUUAAAAGCAAAAAUGAAAACAAUAUACGAGAUAAUUCUUCUAGAACUAUUUAACUGGCAUUUUAGUUUUGUAUGUAAUAUUCGUUGAGAAUACGAAGAUAAAGUGAAAAAGUAUACCUGGUCCUUCGAGCCGGAUUUGAAACUGCGACCUAUGGACAGAUGAAAGAAAGGUGAAAAAUUUUAGUGGUAUAUGCAUAGAAAUCUACAAUUGAUAUGUCCGACCAUAUAUUUUAGAUCCAAACAUUGGAAAAUAUCUAAGUACCUCUGAUUCCAUCUCAAGUCAUCUCUGUAAAUUUUGAUUUGAAAUUUUGAUAAAAACAGAUGAUAAAGUUUAGAAUUUGACAACGACAACGAGUUUACUCACGUGGCAGUUAUUUUAGAAGAGGAAUAUGCUAUUCAGGGAAAGAUCUCUGAGAAUAUACCGAAUAGUACUAGGAGUAACUACCACAUAUGCAUGCGAUACGUGAGUGCCCAAUAAUGCUGAGAAUAAGAAGUUUUUUGGGAUGACUAAAGAGUCAGAUAUGAUAAGUAUAUGAGAAGUAUACGAUAUAUGUCAAAACAUAAUAAUAACGUAGCUGAGGCAUACUCAAAGAGUGGCAGCGGAAAGAAUGCCAAAUAUGAUUUUAUGUUGGAGGCUGAUAUGUAAGAGAGGAAGACAGAGAACAAGAUGUUUAGAACAGGUUGAGUGUCAAUUAAAAGAAAUCGUGUCUUAGAAUGAAGUACAAGACAGAAAAAGAUGGGGAGGCAUUCUCAAAAAUGUUAAUGAAAAAGUAAUUUCAAAUGAUACAUAUAUGUAACUGUUUGCCCUAGCUUUAUAAGGCCUAUUGUGGACUGUAGAUAAAUCUAUGUGGACACUAAAAAUACUAGAAAAAAAGUUUUAGAGCACACAACGUUCGCGUUGUUUUUUUAAAUAAUUGAUUUUAUUUUUAGUACGUUUUCACUUUCUCAUAAAGUGAAAUACGUAAGAUGAUCGUGACAGAUCUUGUAAAGAUUUUCCUAAAUCAGUGUAGUUUAAUAAAAAAAAUUAUGGCUAUUUGCGAGUCGAUUUGUCGCUGUAAAUCGAAUUCGGACGAAAUAGAUCAAACAUUACAUUAUUUGAUAUCCUUAAAUAAUGCACCUUAUAAACAUUUGCGAGACAUACAAUCUUAUGAAUAUUUUUUUAAGUAUUGUACAAUAAUUCAAAAUCAUUGAAGUUCUUUUCAAAUUUAUUGCGAGAUCAGACAUCAAUACUCGUAUUUCCAUUUUAAACGCAAAAAUCAGUGUUGAUACUAAAUAAAUGCUUCUUUAAAUUAUCUUUCUUCCAUUUUUACAAAAACUUUGCUCAAAAGCUUUGUUCCCAGAAAUAAUUCCAAAAGGAGACAGAACCACUCUUACUAAUGCAAUCUUAGAAUCCACCAUAAGAAUCAAGAUGUGUGAAGAAAGAGCAGGUGAGAGAAAGAGAGAUCAGCUGAGAGAAAAUGGGAUAUUUGAAAAUAUAUAAAUGCUUCAUGAGUGACUAUUAAAAAAUAAUUUCACCAUGGAAUUUUUCUUUGAAAAAAUGAAGAUUUUUUCGAAAAAAAAACACGAAUAUUUCGAAAAAUUUUGAAUUUUCUGUUCUAAACUUUUGAAAAUAAUAUCAAAAAUAGUGAGAAAACGUAAACUAGAAUGGCUCGGUCAUCUAGAAAGAAUGCAGGAGGGCAGAAAAGUCAAGAAAAUUGGUUGGAGAGCACCUGAGCGCAAAAAAGAGAGGAAGACUAAGAAGGAAAUGGAGAGAUGCAGUAAUGGAAGACGUCAGUGAGUUGGGAAUCAGAGAUUGGAAGCAGAUAGCUAAGAACAGAAAACGAUGGAAAUUAUCCAUCCAGCAAUUGGCGUAAAAGGCCUGUUAACGCUAUAUACACAUACAAACUUUUGAAAAUUUUGAUAAUUAAAACAUAUUAAAGUAUAUUUUCACCAGGUUUCAUCAAAAUUGAAUAACUUCUACAGAAAUGAAAAAUAAAAAACGAAAACAUCGAAAAAACACGAUUUUCUUUGUGUUUAUUUUUAGUUUAUUACGAAAUUGACAAAAAAAAAAAGAAUUCAUUAUGCUUAAAUAACAAGUACAGAAACAAAACAAAUGGUAAUAUUUAAGAAUCUAUCAACAAUAGCUUUGAAAAGAACUACCAUUUUGUAAAUGAGAAUCGAUUUUAAAUCGACUCGGUGAAAUUUUGGGAACAAAUUAAAAAUAUUUUAGUCAAUCUGGUGACUUAGGAUCUCCAUCAUUUCAACUGACCAUCUCUCGUCUCUCUUAAUAUCUAUUCUUAAAUUUAGUGAUUUCCGCUGUCUCUAGCAUUCGAAAAGUAUUUAAAAUUGGUUGCCAAAUUACUACAAAUAUAAAAUCCAUCUUGCAGAUUUCAUUAAUUGGUUUGCAGAGCAAACUUUAUGAAAAAAAAAAAAACACAAUAUAGUUGAAUAUUACUAAACGAUAAUACGAAAAUAUUAAUAGUAUACUAUUAUUAAAAACUACUACAGAUUAUCAAUGACAAACAAUUUGCUGGUAAAUGGUAAAAAAAUAUAUCCUCUUCUUUACUCCUUCAAAAUAGGUACAAUUUCUAAGUUUUUUCUUUCAAAAAGUAUUUAACGCGCAAGUUUCAGAUUCUUUCACCUCAGUCUCACUAUUUAAAUGACUCAUUGUCUUUAUAGUCAAUUAUUUCUUCCAUUAUUUCUUGAACGCCAAAACCUAGGAUUUUGAUCAAAAUUUCACCGACACACAGCUACCCAUCCAACAACUCCGGAUGGGAGAUGGCAGCUAUCGCUCAUGGCGGCGAAGUCCCGGCAAAACAUCUCUUCAUUACAGAGUACCUUUGCUCCGCUCUCUUCUUAAAUACACUCUUGGCGCUCUAGUGGGGUUGCGCUGGUAUCGAAGCGCGUACGGUUCUCUUGUUGACAGAUAUCGUUAUAAAGUGGGAAAGAGACUUUUAGUCAGAGAAAAAUUUUAACUUAUAAUGAACUAGAACAAUUCCUGCCUAAAAAGAAAGAAACAAAAAACUAACCCAUAGAUAGGCGCGGAUCUAGAAAUUCUUAAUAGGGGGGCCAGACUUACCUCAAAUGAUUAUUAUAUUUUCCGGAUUUAGCCAUACGACUCACACUUAUUCUAAGGAUAAAAUACACUAUAUAAUCCCAGAUACCUACGGUAUCAAAAGGAUUGAUAGACAAUUCACGACUAUUAAUCUCACUGGUCGUUCUUUACCAUAACGAUUAACCUUUCUACCAUCAAUGGGUAGGUACGCAUGGAUUAUCUAGUAAAAUACAAAUUUUUAUAUCUUUAUUGUAUCGCAAUUUUGAAACGUGACUUUUCAUGAGAUAAGGUUUAUACCCAGUGUAAUGUAUUUGCAUUUUAAAAUAUCAUUUUUGUUAUUCUUUGAAUUGAGAAAAAUAUUUCAGUUGUUUAUGGUUCCACCGGUACCCAAACAAAUGCACCUGCAGAUUAUUUUUCAGAGAAGGGUGUUUUAUUAGAUUUUAUGGCUUCUUUCAAUUCUUUGGAAGCGGUUGUCGUGUAAUUUAGUGUUGUACUGAUGGCUUAAAGUUUAGAGUUAACAGAAAAAAAUA